GAUGCGGAGCGCCGGCGCCGCAGCAAGAUGCUGGAUGGAGACCGCCUGCGGCGCGGCCGCCUCGCCUGCUGCCUAGCGCUGCUCGCGCUGCUCGCCCGCGCCCCGCCGCCCAACGCCGCCUACUUCGGGCUGACUGGGAAUGAACCCCUGACCAUCCUCCCUCUGACCUCAGAAAUGGAGGAAGCUGCCGUCAAGGCCCACUACAAAGUGUGCGACCGCCUGAAGCUGGAGAAAAAGCAGCGCAGGAUGUGUCGGCGGGACCCUGGGGUGGCCGAGACCCUCGUGGAGGCCAUCAGCAUGAGUGCCCUGGAGUGCCAGUACCAGUUCCGCUUCGAACGGUGGAACUGCACGCUCGAGGGGCGCUACAGGGCCAGCCUGCUGAAGAGAGGUUUUAAGGAAACAGCCUUCCUCUAUGCCAUUUCCUCAGCAGGGCUCACCCAUGCCAUGGCCAAAGCCUGCAGCGCUGGGCGUAUGGAGCGUUGCACCUGCGAUGAAGCCCCUGACCUGGAGAACAGGGAGGCCUGGCAGUGGGGCGGCUGUGGCGACAACCUCAAGUACAGCAAUAAGUUCGUCAAGGAGUUUCUGGGGAAGAAAUCCAUCAAGGACCUGCGAGCCAGGGUGGACUUUCACAACAACCUCGUGGGCAUGAAGGUCAUCAAAGCUGGGGUGGAGACUACCUGCAAGUGCCACGGAGUAUCUGGAUCCUGUACUGUCCGAACGUGUUGGCGACAGCUCUCUCCGUUCCACGAGAUUGGCAAGCAGCUGAAGCAGAAAUACGAGACGUCGCUCAAAGUCGGCAGCACCACCAACGAGGCCACCGGGGAAGGGGACAUCUCGCCACCCAAGAAGUCCAUCCCUGGUCACAGUGACCAAAUCCCAAGGACUACGGAUCUUGUCUAUAUUGACGAUUCCCCCAGCUUCUGUCUGAUGAGCAGGUAUUCACCUGGGACUUCAGGAAGGAAAUGUUACAAAGACAAAAACUGCGACAGCAUCUGCUGUGGCCGAGGUCACAACACGCAGAGCAGGGUGGUCACCCGGCCGUGCCAGUGUCAGGUCCGCUGGUGUUGCUACGUGGAGUGCAAGCAGUGCACUCAGAGAGAAGAGGUUUAUACCUGCAAGGACUAACACCUGCUCUUCUUACCGGAUGCCCUCAGCGAUGGGAGAUCAGGAUCUAUGAGAAUUAUAUAUGGAGACAAACAGGGUGUGAUUGACCGUCUUGGGAUCUGAAAGCUAUGUUGAGACCUAAGCACUUUGUAGGGUACAGGUGACCCAGUUGUGUGUUUUGCUUGUUUUUUCUAUAGACUGAAUUUUUAAUCAUGAGGUCCAACCACGUGGAAACAAGUGCCUGUCAUGCCCGGGUUAGGUGUCAGCUGACCCUUUGCCAAAGCCAUCCAUAAAUCCACUCAGCUUGACAGAUCAUUCAUUUAUCUUGAAAGUCCUUGAUUGCUUCCUCAGUCCUCCAUAAGCUCCCUGGCAAAAUUAUUCUCCCUGGAAUAAACACCUGUGUGCCCUACUCUACUUUUUAUUCCUGAAACUUGCCUGACUGAAUGGAGAGCCAAGCAGAUGAAUGAGAGAAACUUGAUUUAAAGUAUUUCUGCCUUUAAAAUGUAAUAGUGGCGAUGUCUCUCUAAAGAAAGAGGGGAAAAUGGGUGUGGGCAAGCUUCAGAAAAUGAGUUGCUCUUCUAAGGGAGUUUCUGCAGAUCGAGCGUCCAAGGCUGUAAUGAAGAGACCCAUAUAGAAAGCUGGCCGCUUAACAGCGAUUUUAUAUAUCGGUGUAACUCCAAAAAUGUUGGGUCCACCAUGUUACGGGCAAAUCCAUCCGACAAAGAGCUUGAGGAGACAGUCCAAUGAUGCACAUGUCCCACUCCCUGCAGUCCAGUCAAACACGCAUCUCUACAUGUUCUCCAGAUGCAGUUUCUUUAGCACUGUCAUGGUCUUAAAUUGUUUUUAAAGAAAAACCACUAGAUCUUUGCUUCACUUUGGUAAAGGAGUAAUCCCUCUUGCCUCUCGUUGAUCGACGUUGACCCUGUGGAGGCUGCUGUAGAAAUCCAGACUGGAACUUGUUAGUCUUAUGGCGACAAAAUUUGGAUACUUGUCUUUCUGAUAGCUGGCUUUUGACCACAUGAAUUCCAUUGCAUCUCGAUGCUGGCUUGACACUUGCAUUUUAUAGGAGCUGUUCUGGACUGGAUUGGACCUUUUGGAGGAGAAGAUGUUAUUUUAUUAGGUCAUCAUUCCAUUUACUCUAAACCAUGGCAGUUGUACAUGGCACAAACUAGAGGUAGACCCUACAACCGUAAGCUUUUCAUUUUAUUUUUUUAACCACUAGAUCGAGUAUUUCUACAUACAGCUACUUACCAGUAACCAACCCUUGGAGAUUGCAAACCUCUAGUCAAACAUGACACGAGCUGGGCAAGGAAGCCAACCAUCAAAUGCAGCGGUAGCUAGCUCCAGCGCUGUGAACUAAACGACAACCUCCAUUUAUUUCUUAAAAAGGAUAUUUUACAAUAUAGGAAUUGAUAUGGCAGUUUGUCUUCAGUCCUAUAACACCGCUGCUGGGAUCAGAAACAGCUGGUAAAUGCCUCAACAAAGCUUCCUAAGGAAAUGUUGGAGAGUGGAAGGCAUCUUUUUUUUGUUCUUGAAGUCCUUGAUUUUUUUUUUUUUCCAUUAGUAGCAAUUUCACUAGUUCAUAACCCAUGGAUCUGUGUUUUUGAGAGAGGAAAGUUGGCUGGGAUCUUUCUCCUUCCAGGAAAAGUAAAUGCCUAUUGCAACACAGGAGAGCGUUGUCUUCCAAGAAGGACUGUUGUGCUCGGAGAGCCUCUUCAAUUAGCAGCCACUAAUAUUCAAGCUGUUCGUGUGCAUCAACUGGGAAGGGAAAGGUUAUAUGUAGUGUAGGGGAUUCUCUUUUUAAUUUUUUUAAAUGUUUUUCUUUAAGGACAAAUUGCAGUUCAGCCUGACUUUUAGUGUACUCCUUGGAGCUGGGAAGACUGGAGGAAAUGGGGGACGGGGAAAUAAAGGGUUGCCUUUCAAUGCUCUGCAGCCCUGCAACACAACACGCCUGGCUCUUUGUCUGAUUCUGGACACGGGGUGGAGUUGGGCCCGUCGUUUCUGCCGCGGCAGAUGCACAGCAACACGUUGGACGCGGUGAGCGAAGGAGGAAUCUGCGACUUCCACAAGAGGCAUUGGUUUGGAAGUAGUGCACGAGCAGUUUACCUGGGUGUUUGUGGGGGGGGUUUUGGGUUUUUUUUUUUAUCUUUUGAUUUUUUUUUUUUUAAGAGACUGAACAGAAGUCUAUUCGGUGUGGAGAUGGAUAUAGAUAUAUCUAUCUAUCUCUCGCACGCAAGCAUACAUAAAAUAUAUAGAUAUAUAUAUAUAAAAAAAUAUUGAAUGAACAUUUAUUUAUUAUAAAGCCUUUCUGAAGGACCUUCUUAUGGUUUCAAUGUGGUAUUAUGUGUGUCUCUCUCUCAUGCACAAACUCACUGUAAGGUUUUUGCCAUCCCUUUCCUCCCCACCUUCUCCUAAACACAACUUAAACUGAGAUCCAAAACCGCCACCAAAACCUUGAGGAAUUGGCCCAUCCGGACCCAUCUCUACUUAAUCUUUUUUUACUUUUUUUUUUUUAAAGUGCUUUUUAUGUACUUAAACAUAUAUAAAAAAAUAUAUAUGGGCGUGACUUCUUUCUUUUUGCUGGUGUCUCCAUCCUCCAUUGAUUUGCUGGGGUAUUUCCACACUUGCGCUGAUGCGAGGGAAGAAGGAGGCAUCCUCGCUGCAUAGAGGGAGAGGUUGGUGGCACAGAGGUUACAUUUGAGUUUGUGCAUUGUACAAAGAGGAUACGUGAGCUUGCACACUAUGUACUUUUUUGUUUUUUCCCAAGCAGUGUGUCUGGUGAUGGGGGCGGGGGGGAGAGAGGUGGGGGAAAUGAGGCAAACUGUUAAAAUAUUGCAUAGAGGUAAGGGGCAAAGAGUGAAUGAACUACUGAGUGAAAGAGCUCUUCUGUGUAUUAGGACUCACGCACUGAAGCCUGGAUGCUUUCUGUAAGUAUUUAAAAACAAAUUGUAUUUAUGUUAAUGUGGAUAUAUUACUUUCCUGUUUAUAUAUUGUAAAUAGCAAGGUUUAUUCUCCUGUGGUUAAAGAAAAAAAAGGUAUAAAUAACUAAAUAGUAGCGAGGCACAUGCAUUAAAUGUAUAGGCAGUGUAUAACAUAUAUACUAACACUCUGAAAUCAGGAGAACUUAUCUCUGUCUCUCUGGCCUUUUUGACGAAGGUGGUAUAGCAUAUGGGUUACCUUCUUAUUGUUGGGGGUGGGGGGGUUAAUGCCGAGGUUUUCCAGUGUUUGCCUUAUCUUUGGAAAAGAAACGAGUAGGGCAGAAAAUGUCUCCUUUUAGAAAAGUCUUGAGCACUUGUUUAGGGUGGAACAAAUGCGUGGUUUUAAAAGCUGUCUUGCAACCCAGUGCACAAACGUGGCAGAGUCCAAUCCCUCUCUGUAGCUUUUGUGAAGCCUCUUCUGGAAGUUAGCUGGGAACUAGCUGUUUCACCGGGAAAUUGAAAAAAGCAAUACGAGACCUGUCUCUUAAGGACUUGCUAAGGUUUGGAGCAACUUCCAGAGAGCCCUCUGGGGUUCAUCCCUAUGAAGCUCUGCUUUUCCAUGGGCGCUGGUCCUGCUAUCACUCCCACCAUGGAAACUCCAUUGCAAUCCCUUGUUAAUGGCAUCAAAAAACUGAGAUGAAAGCAGAGUUGAGUCCCAGAUUUUUCACAGUGCCAUUUUUUUUUUGCAAAGAAAGCAAAGCUUUACUUACUUUCCUAAGACGGACUCUCUUGCAGCAAAUAUAACUGGGGAGGGAUGGAAGUUGAGUGGGGAAGCACUCUGCUUUUUCAUUCCCCCUCCUUGUUCUCGUUUCCACUCCCCCAGGUGUGUUUCAAAAGUCUGGUUUUUCCUUAGUGGGUCCAGCAAGACUUGCAAGGUAUUGCCAGUAUGUGUGCGUGGGGGCGGGGAGGGGUGCAACCAUUAUUUAUAUAACUUUUUUUUUUUCAAAAUUAAAAAAAAAAAUUAGCGGAUGGAAGAAUAUUUUUAUUGAAUAGUGCAUUUAGUUAUGUCAGAAAUAUAAAAUAUAAUAUUUUUGUAAACAAGGCAAACUGAAAAUGUUUGCUGUUUUAUAUUAGAAUUUUCUAUUAUAAAAUAAUUAAAAAAAAACAACCCACGCAAAUAAUUGUUGCACCCGCCAUUGGUUAUUUAACAAGCUUCUGUUCUGUGUGACUGACUGUUCUGUGUGCUGGUGCAGAGAAGUGCAAAACAAGUCCUAAACGUUACGUUCAUCCGGUCUUUCAACUUCAGAAGACUUUUAAAUGGGCAAAGCAAGCAGUGUUGAGUCUAGUUAGGUGAACGGACACGGUUGUUUAAAUACUACUUUUGUCAUUUGUACCAAAACUAGGAUUUGAUUUGGAGAAAGAUGCAAAAAUUCACAAUAAAGAUGCCCCCGUGCUUAUUAUUUUUUUAAUUGACCUACAUUCUGGGAUAGUGUUGGGUGUAAUAAAGCAAAGACGCACGGCACCCUCUGACUUCAGUAGCAGUCACUUUAAAAAUAAAAAAAAAAAUUUAAAAAAGGUUGAAAUUUGGUCCGUGCCAGUCGCGCAACUUCUGGCAACCUCGUUAGGAGGCAGAGGCUAAUGUUGAGGACUUUUUGUCACCUGUUAGCAAAGUUUUGUAACUUUUAACUGCUCUGAAAAGGAUAUUGUGAGAAGGGAGAAUUUUUCAACUGCUUGUAUUAUCUUGAAUUCUGGGGUAAGACUGAGGUUGCCCUUUUCUUUUCAAAAAGAUGUAGGAAAAUGGCAACAUCAAAGGAUAAAAUCUGACGAGGGAAGAGACAUUUUGUGAUGGAGCAUUUACAAAGCAGCUCAGUUGCAAAACUCUUUGGGGUAGCUUUAUAUUGUAAUGGGUUUUAAUGGCUGAGAAAUAGUCCUGGUUUGAUGUUUCAAAAGCGCCACGUGCUUCCUGUGGUCUACACCAAAGUCGGCAGUAAGGGCAGCGCCAGGCUAAGCAUCACUUUGCUUGCCUUAUUCAGCUUUAUUUGGCUGCUAAGGUGAGGAAGGUCUAAUUUUCCUCAGUUCAGGUAUACUUAACAUAAGAAUGCCCUUAAUGGCCGAUGACACUUAUCAGUUGGAGGAUGUUGCCCAUAGAUGUGUCCUAGAGUGAAUGGUCACGUGUGUAUCCAUGGGGGUGACCAUUCUCCCACCACAACCAGAUGGUCAUCAGAUGAGUUUUUUUAAGCCUAGUGACUUUUUUGGAGGGGGUGGGGGGUGGAUGUACAUCAGCCAUUCAGAGGAAAAAUCUCCAUACUACAGAAUCACUCAAAUUCCCAGUUGCUUCACUCGAACCCUGUACAGGUGGAAAGGGGGAACAUCUUUUAUGUAUUUUUUUUUUUUUUCUGAAAUGAAGGUUAAAUAUCUUGAUAGGAGUACGAUUGAAAUGUUUGCCGAAUUGGCAGCACGGUGCCAUUUUCUGCUAGCUCUAGCAAAGAGGGUCACGUUCUGCUUUGGGGCAAGAGGAAUGUAGAGGAAAACCAUAAAUGUAAUGCUGCAUGUGGACAUCCAGUUGGGUUCAAAUGGAAGGGGACACUUCUGACCUUUGCUUCCUUUCUGCUAGAAGCAGCACCGCGUUUUCCAGGGAUGAAUGACUCUCCCUCCCCUCUUUUUUUUUCGGGGUCCGUUUGGAAGGGGCUACCCAAGUUGUGAAAGCAGAGCUCACUUCCUCACUCCCGUUGUGCAUGCUGGAAUCUCGUUGGGGUGCCCACGUACUCCGGGCACGGCUCUUUGUGUAACAAGAGCACUGAAGCCCUUGGUCUCCAAGGCGCUGGGGAAAUAUUUAAUGUGGCAUUUGCCAAGAGGUAGGAGCAGCAAGUUAGGUUACUUUGGCCUGCUAACAGCCUCACCAGCUCCUUCUGGAUGAAACCUAUCCAAAGUCGUCUUCUCAGUGCUGGCACGUGACCCUUCAUCUCCCCCAUUUCCCAUUUGCUCCAGUUCCCCUGAGGUCUGAAUGUAAAGUCUAGGAUUUGUUUUGUGCACUUGGAAAAAUGGCAUUUCCUUUUUGAAAGGGAGGUGGGGACUGAAUACUAACAUAUGAAGGAUUAGUAUUUUCUUUGUGGUUUGUUCGGUAUUUUUUGGUUUUGUUUUUUUUGUUUUUUUUUUUUCAAUGUCUUAUGGGAGCCUAAGUUAUUUUUUUCUCUACCUCAUAUGUACAGCUUGUAGGUAUAAAUCUGAUUCUGAGUGACUGUUGAGAAUGUAUUUAAGUUAUUUAACAUCUUUGUAUAACAAAAGCCAGAACAAA